AUGGCGGACCCGUACAUCAACAGGAGAGAGGCCGAACGCUCUUACCGUCCGAAAGGCUAUGGCAUGUCGCCAGGGCUCAAACGCGCGCGCGCGCCAUACCGCGUGCGGAACGCCGUCACCGGCGUCCUCAUCGGUGCCUUCGCCGUCGGCGUGUGGGCGUACUCCCUGCGCGCGGUCAACCAGGACGUGUUCGACGACGUCGACGAGCAGGCGAAGGCGCUCGCGGAGGAGAGGGCGAGGAGUGCGCGGGAGGCACCGCCUGUGGUGACUGUCGAGGAUGGGCCGAUACAGCCCGUGCCUGCACAUCCUGCAACCCAUGCGCCGAGAGGCAUCCUUGCGAAGGCGCUGUACUAUCACUUCCCCAGCCUUCUGGAUCCCCGGACGAAGACGUUGGUGUGGGGCGCGCCGCCCGUGGACAGAGUGGGCCGUGUCGGAGAUCCGCUCUCAAAAAUCCUAUGAAAGACCGUUGCGGGAGAUGGGAUGGGAUCCUUGUAUGUGCUCGAGUACUCUAAUACAUUGCAUCGCCAUACAGUAAUCAGACAGCGCUAGACGUGUUAUGCAAGACCAUGUAUCAUAGCUAUAUCCAGUUCAUUUCCCUA